CCGCACUUUUUCCGUUUGUAGAGAAACCACAGAAACCAAAACAAUAAUCAAAGUUGCAAAACGUCAUUUCCAAAGUGCCAACUCAACACAAAGUCGGAUAUUAAACGAGAUGGCAGCAAACCUUCCUGACAAUGACAUAACCAUCGACCUGUGUCCCCUGCUGGAACAAGACUCGAGUGAUGAAGUCAUAACAUGGGAUUCAUUGCUGGAAACGGAGUGCCAAGCUCACGACCAAGUUUUCCGAUGGAGACACGACGCAGUCGACACGAAAAUCGACUCGUAUUUAAAUCGAAAUAGCGCCACAUUUCAAAAAGGCGCGAAAGUUGGAAUGAUGGUAUUCGGCCAGUGGCAAAAUCGAACGCGAUGGUCAAACAUGAACGAUCCCAUCGACGUCACUAAAAUCCCGAGUCUCCAACGCAUUUUACUGAUCCGAGACGUCACCAAACGACUGCGACAAAUCGACGCCGGAAGAGAAAUUGACGACAAGAUUCUGACCGGAAUAAACGCCUUCACGGAAAUAUUUUUCAAACUCGACUACACCAAUUUUUCCAUCCAGCUUCAGCCUUACAGCAAUCAACCCGGAAAUGGAUUUUUAAGGAUGAAAGGCACAGGUGGAGAAUAUGACGACACCCACUGGAAGAUGGAGAAAUUCUAUUUGUCUUUCAAGAAGUUGAAGGCCAGUGAAAUCGACAGCGUCGUAACCAAAGCUCGAAGAAGAGGAUCGAAAAUUACGAUGAAGGAUCUGGAGGAUUUUGAGAGCGUCAAAAAAGAGAAAAUGGCAGUUAAGAAGCGGAUGGCGGAAGAAUUAACAUAUUUCAUGCUCAAGUACGAUUUGGAAGUCGCCUGCCGUUUGCAACGACCUUUUGUCAAUGCCAGUCGCGCCUACGACGUGCUGCCCAUCGGGAUCGGGAUCGCCCUUAUGCACCGCAUCAACAGCAGGAGCCUCAACGGCACUUGGCAAUUCUUCUCGACCAGAGAUCAAGAAAUUAUCAAGGGUGUAGUAGAAAAUGCGAGUCUUUUUGAAUUUUACAAAACGAAGGAAUGUCCAGCCACAACAGCAACAGCAAUUCCGGCAGGAGAGUCAUCCGCUUCAAAGGAAAAAAUGGUCGUCAGCACAAGAGAAAAUGCCGAAAAGAGGAGAGAUGUUCUAGUCGACGUCGUUGGCCAAUUCAAACGACUCUGCAAGUCCAGUAAAGUCUGGACAAUGGACGACUACGUCAAAAUCCUUUACAAGCAAUUCGGCGUCUCGGUGGUCCAAGCUAUUCCGGAGUCUCAUCAUCAUCCGCAAUCGACUGUUUCCAUAUCGAAAGAAUUUUCCCGUCUCAAAACUAAUAAGACUUCAAAGAAAAGGUCCCGUGAAUUAUCCCGUUGGGAUAUUUGACAUCAGGUUGAUUAUUUUGAUGUUUUCUUUCCCCUGCCAGAAUAUUUGUGUUCCCGACACGCCUCUAUUUGACCUUUUCCCCCAUCCGAAAAUUGACCAUUUUGUAUUUUCAAUUCUUUUCUAUUACUUUUGAGCAGUCACAUAUAUUCUGACAAUGAGCAGAGUCGUUGUUCGGUCGUCACCAAAAUCAAAUGUCAUUCCAUGGGUGGAUUUCUUUUUUCUCUUUUUAAAUAUUUUCAAA